UCCGCGCUUCUUUCAAGGCCCCGCCAACCAAACCUACUUAACCCCUCCAUCUCCAAUUCCCCCAACUUUCCGCAGCAACCCGCGCUCGUAGCAUAUCGUUCCCCAUCAAACAAGCUAGCCACCGAAGCAAUGGCUGACGCACCCGUUACCCUUCUGCCCCUGGGAGCUAUCAUUCAGGAGUUCCGCAUCGGCGGCCUCAACAUCGUUCAAGGAUUUCCCGAGCAGUCCCACUACGAGAGCUACAAUGCCCCCUACUUCGGCGAGACUAUCGGUCGUGUGGCCAACCGCAUCAAGGGCGCCCAGGUUGACUCCUUGAACGGCGGACGGUCCUACAAGCUGGCGGCUAACAACGGCCCGAACAAUCUGCACGGCGGCGUGGUCGGCUGGGGCAAGAAGAUCUGGAACGGGCCCACGCCCGUCGGCGUGAGGCAGAUUCCCGGCAUCGAGGGCCUCGACGGCGGCGAGAGCGUCAAGUUCUCGCUGGUCAGCCAGGAUGGAGAUGAAGGCUUUCCGGGGACAGUGGAGGCCAGCGUGGUGUAUACCGUCGGCAAGCAGGUGCAGGACGGGAAAGAGGUCUUGGUGCUCGGGUUCGAGUACGAGGCGGAGCUGGUUGACGGUGCCGACGAGACGGUCAUCAACAUGACGAACCAUUCCUACUUCAAUCUCACUGGCGGCCCGUCCAUCGAAGGGACCGUCGUCACCCUCGCCACCAACAGCUACCUUCCCGUCGACGACGGCGGCAUCCCGACGGCCGGCCCGAAGCCGUUCGGCAAGGUGGAGGUCACCAAGCCUUUCACGCUGGGCGCCCAAGAGCCGGACAUUGACGACUGCUUCAUUGUCAACGAGGCGUCCAACACGAUCCCGAUCGACACCCGUUCGAACCCCCUGACCAAACUCGUCAGUGCACACCACCCCGAGUCCAAGAUCCACCUUGAGGUGCUGAGCACGGAGCCGGCGUUUCAGUUCUACACGGGCAAGUACAUCGACGUGCCCGAGGUCGCCGGUGUGCCCCCGCGCAAGGCUCGCAGCGGUUUCUGCGUCGAGCCGAGCCGGUGGGUCAAUGCGUGCAACGUUGACGAGUGGAAGAGCCAGAUGCUACUCAAGAAGGGCGAGAAGUACGGCGCCCGCAUCGUGUACCGGGCAUGGAAGGAGUAGACCUUUGGCAGCUGGUGAACCACGCAGUUAAAACAAUAAUUGACCAAACCGUAAAUGGUGUUGAUUG